AUGCUCGCAAUUCAAAAGAGUAAAUCCCACAAGGGGGAGUGCACGCCUAAUGUACUUCCAUGUCGAAUCCAUCACAAUGGACCGGUUAAUACAUCGAAGCGGUAUUGGUCGCCGAGGAAAGAUGCAGAUGGGAAAACGAUAGCAUAUUUUCGCGGCCGCAAGCUUCAUGGAAAGGCAAUGAAGAUCCCUAAGGGAUAUCGCGGAGUUGUGCUUUCAACGACAGACAAGAUAUUACCGAAACCACAAUCGAAAGAACAUGAUGAAGAGGACGAGGAGGAGUUCAAUGAGGUGAAGGUUGUGGACGAAGAGGCUACGUUUGAUGAGUUUAUGGUUUGGGGCCAUGAGGCGUUGCCCGAGGAGAUGGCAGAUCCUUAUGUUAGGGGGAUGGAGGAGUGGAUUGAUUUUGCGAAGACGAUUCACGCUCACGACGAUGAAGAAUUGGACGUUGGUGUAGGAGGAAAGGCUAAAUGA